GCCAUUCGGCAUCCGAAACUUUCCAGCGCCCGCGCCUCUCGGGGACUCGGCUGCGGCGGGGCGGGGGCGGCCCGGGGGCGGCGCGCGGCUGCUCCGGGCGCCGGGCCCUCCUCGGCCGCGGCACGGCCCGGGCUCGGAGACGGCCGGCUGGAGGGAGGUUCGGGGCGGCGGCGCCGCCGCAAGUUGCGCUGCUCGCGGCGAGGUAACUGAAGACAGAAAACAGGCCUAAAAAAAUAAACCCUCGAAGGAAGAAGGGAUUUGCCUACGUUUGGCUCUGAGCAAGGUCCCAGCAGACACUUGGCGUUUUAUAUGAUCGGAUGCUGGGGAGCCCACUGGUUCAAAGGUCUACAAAUGAAGUCAGCCUAAAGCGUUCUCACAGAAGGUGGCCCCCGCUUCGUAAAGACCUCAUCGCCGCGAGGUGAGGCUAAGAUGAGCAUAACCAGUGACGAGGUGAACUUUCUGGUGUAUCGCUAUCUCCAGGAGUCAGACUCCCUAGAGAAAGUCCCAUAGGUUGAGUGAGGAGUUAAGAGAUGACUCUGUGUUCCUCUGACGACUGACUCGAGUACCCCACGAGGACAUGCCCCAAAGAAGAAAUGCCUAAUGUGUAAGUGUUCAUUUUGGGGUUGUUGUACAUGUUUAUCUCAAAUCUCAAGCUUUGGUUAAGCAUAUGUUUAUUGAGCACCCACCAAGUGCCAAGAGCACCUUCUCCUUGGCCUGUUAAUGUUUCCUUUCUAAUUUAAAAAAAAAAAAGAAAAAGAAAAGAAAGAAAAAGGUCUCUUGAUUAAGUAUCUGUGCUCCCUCUCCUUUAUCACCAUCAAAUGCGUUAAAGCUAAGUGCUGUAUUGUGACACGUGAUUCAUUCCUCAACCCCUCCCAGCGUGGCUUCUCUACUAGAGGUUGAAAGUUCUCUGUUGUGACGUCUUCAGUAAUCUUCUUCCUCAGGUUGUGUGUAGAAGAAAGUGGGUGUGGAGGAGGACGGAGAUGGUAGAUGGCGAGGACCCCGCAGUGAGGCGGACCCCUGGUUCUCUGGUAGAUCUGCUCAUCACCUCACAACCAGGGAUAGACUCAGAGUUCCACCCCCCCCUCGAGGGACAAGUUCCCUGCAACCACGGGCACUCCUGGUCCUGCAGCCUGAGCUGAUACAGAGAGUCCUGCACUAAACGAAUCACAUAUCAGUGUGGAUGCGUGUCAGCCUGCCUGGGCUUCUGCGAGCAGCCCCUCCAAACGCUGGGCGAACCGUGAGUUCCUCCCCGCUGCCCUUUGUGAAUGCAGUAGCGGAGCCCGGCGUCGGUAUGAGAAGUGAGGACAUCCGAUAAGUUUUUCGCACUCGGCGUUCACGUUCGGUAUCGAGAGCCACAUAAGCCAGUCCAACAUCAAUGGGACUCUCGUGCCACCGGCUGCCCUCAUCUCCAUCCUGCAGAAGGGCCUGCAGUAUGUGGAGGCCGAGAUCAGCAUCAACGAGGACGGCACGGUGUUCGACGGCCGCCCGAUAGAGUCGCUGUCCCUGAUUGACGCGGUGAUGCCCGACGUGGUGCAGACGCGGCAGCAGGCCUUCCGGGAGAAGCUGGCGCAACAGCAGGCCAGCGUGGCGGCCACGGCGGCGGCGGCGGCCCCGGCGGCCCCGGCGGCCCCAGCGGCCGUUUCCCAGCAGAACCCACCAAAGAACGGCGAGGCCACGGUGAACGGGGAAGAGAACGGAGCGCAUGCGAUAAAUAAUCAUUCGAAACCAAUGGAAAUAGACGGAGACGUGGAGAUUCCACCCAACAAAGCCACAGUCCUUCGGGGCCAUGAGUCUGAGGUGUUCAUCUGUGCCUGGAACCCUGUCAGUGACCUCCUGGCUUCCGGAUCUGGAGACUCAACCGCGAGGAUAUGGAACCUCAACGAAAACAGCAACGGGGGCUCCACGCAGCUCGUGCUGAGGCACUGUAUACGGGAGGGGGGGCAUGACGUCCCCAGUAACAAAGACGUGACCUCGCUGGACUGGAACAGUGACGGCACACUGUUGGCUACAGGUUCCUAUGAUGGUUUUGCAAGAAUAUGGACGGAAGAUGGUAACCUGGCCAGCACCUUAGGCCAACAUAAAGGCCCCAUCUUUGCCUUGAAAUGGAACAAGAAGGGGAAUUACAUUUUGAGUGCUGGAGUAGACAAAACAACAAUAAUUUGGGAUGCCCACACAGGAGAGGCCAAACAGCAGUUUCCGUUUCAUUCCGCCCCUGCCCUUGACGUGGAUUGGCAGAACAACACUACCUUUGCUUCGUGUAGCACAGACAUGUGUAUCCACGUCUGCAGACUCGGCUGUGACCGCCCGGUCAAAACGUUCCAGGGACACACAAAUGAGGUCAAUGCCAUCAAAUGGGACCCUUCUGGGAUGUUGCUAGCGUCCUGCUCUGAUGACAUGACAUUAAAGAUCUGGAGUAUGAAGCAGGAUACGUGUGUUCAUGACCUUCAAGCUCACAGCAAAGAGAUAUAUACCAUAAAGUGGAGUCCCACCGGGCCAGCCACCAGCAACCCCAACUCCAACAUCAUGCUAGCAAGUGCUUCGUUCGAUUCUACAGUUCGACUGUGGGACGUGGAGCGGGGUGUUUGCAUCCACACACUCACCAAACACCAGGAACCAGUCUAUAGUGUAGCUUUUAGCCCCGACGGGAAGCACUUGGCCAGCGGCUCCUUUGACAAGUGUGUGCACAUCUGGAACACUCAGAGCGGAAGUCUCGUCCACAGCUACCGAGGCACCGGCGGCAUCUUCGAGGUGUGCUGGAACGCCCGAGGGGACAAAGUGGGCGCCAGUGCGUCGGAUGGCUCCGUGUGUGUCUUAGAUCUGCGAAAGUAAACACGAAAUAUUUUAGAAACAAGAAGAGAAUUCUAACGGACCAGCAGUGAAUGUGUGGGGUUGUAGCACUAUUCAAACACGAUUCUGUCAGCUCCAAAACUGUAUGAACUUGACCUUAGAGUGUACUUUGAAAUCAACUCAUCCCUGGCCACAGGAGUCUCUAUUUUUUUGUAAUCUUUAUCAAGAAGUUUAAAACAAAAGCAUACACACAGUCAUAUCAAAGGGGGAAAAGAAUGGUUUCCACCUGGAACAUUCAGCCUGGGAAGCACGAAGCCACCAGCUAGACGGUGCGCGGUUUGGUUUCCAUCCAGAACAGGCUCUGAUGGCUGAGAGAAAAAAAAAAAAAAAAAAAAAAAAAAACUGUGCCAAAAAGAAAAAGAAAAAAAAUGCUGUGAUAAACCAAAAGGGGGGUGGGGAACUCCUCACGUGGAGGGUUUUUUUUUUUUUUUUUUUCUUCCUGAAAAUUUGGACACUACAGUUACUCUCACCAGGAUGUUCAAAGACCAGUUUGUACGGAUGACAUGGGCAACUUUGUAAUCCCAACACUUUCUAUUUUCUAGACUCUUUGUCACGUGGUUUUUCUAUGGGCUGGAAUCCUGUCGUCUGGGGGCCUUGGGUCUGAGGUGGAAACUGUUUUGGGUUUGUUGCUUCUUUGCUGAUGUCGCGUGCCCCCUCCACCUCCUUCCUUCCUUCCUUCGUGGUCUUGGUUGGCAUCACGCCCUCACAGAGUCUCUGACAGGCGGGGCUUUCUCGCCCUCCCCUCCCCCCCCCCCCCCUCGCGCACUCUCUCCGCCCCUUCCUCAUAGUUGCUUCCCAUCUUAGGUCUCAAGGGCACUUUUGACGCAUAAUAAGUGCUUUAUGUAAGAAGGCAGGGCAGGGGGACUUUUUACCGGAGGAAAAAAAAAAUAAGUGACUUAUAAGAGAAAGAACCCAGAGUAUUUUUGGAGAAAAAAAAUAUUUUUAUGUUAAAACAAUUUUAAAAUCCUAAAAUGGCCAUCAGACAUAGAGAGCUUUGUGUGAUUCAUAUUUAAAAAAAAAAUAAAGUUUAGGAAGACACAGGCAGGGUCUGAGGUAGCUUUUUCCCUUCACUUUCAGCCUGUCGAGAGGCAGUGAGGAAUCUGUGUGGGAAGGGGCCAGCUCUGGGGUCGGCGUUGGGACUGUUCUACGGCCAGAGAGGAAACUCCGGGCCCUUCCAGCUCGAAGACGACCUUGGCGUGUUUCAGGGUGUGUUGACCACAUAGUAGGCGGCAGGAGAGACCUGGAGAAGCGUGCCUUUGGACCCAAGAAGUGUUCCCAGGACCAGCGGCGUGGAAGGGGCCGUCACAGCCGUCCACUGGGUAGGAUGCCGCCUGGCAUCGUUCAGGCCGCGGGGCCACCUGUGGUCCCCCCACCAAGAGCACCUCGGCCGGUCCUUGCACAGCUGACGGGACGGGCUCCAGGAUCUCACUGGGUCUAAUAUCGACAAAAACGAACAGGGAGAGAGGUUUUCGGUCCUGAAGGUGAAUUCCGUAGGUAGAGUGUCACUAAUAAUUUCUGUCCCCUUCAUAGUUUCUUCCUCUUGCAACAGAGGAGGAGAAAGGUUUUCUUUUUGUAAUAAUGAAUCUUUUUACUGUUUUUAAAAAAUUAAACGUGGCUUUGUGUUCCUA